AUGCCCAGCACCCCCGACCUUAGCUUGGCAGCUUUGUAUUUGGGCGGUGACGCUGCUGUGCGCCGCUUACCUCGUUCAGAGCCCCUUAAUGAUGACUCUGACUCGAGCUCGGUCGACGUUCCUCGGCAACAAGCACCCGCACGGCGGUUGGGCCGUUCAGCACCCGCAGAAGAUGAUGAUGAUGAUGACUCAGAUUUCCUCAACAGUAUCCGGUACAACAGACCCUCCGGUCGACUGCCCCGUUCAACGCCCCCUGAAGAUGCCUCUGAUUCAAGCUCUUUUGAUGCUCCCCGUCAAGAGGCGGCGGACCUCCCCCGGUCCACGCCCUGUACCUCUCCAUCUUCCGCCCAGCAUCAGGCCACUGAGUCCUUUCCAUCUAGCGCUUCCGCUCAAGGGCGCCCACCCAUAAUCAGAUUCUCUCCACAAGCCGCCGCCGUCUUAUUCGAUGGCGCACCUGCGGAUAUUUCUGAUCAUCAGCGCUGGCAAGGAGACAAUCUGCAGAGUGUGGAUCAAGCACCGAUAGACUCCAAUAUCUCAAAUGGGCGCUCACAGGCUGUAAACGAGGCCCUUGCAGACUUGGCAUUAACUGGCCUGAUCCGGCAAGAGUUGUCAAACAUGGCGAGCUCUGCGCAGAGUCAAGAGAACGAACGUCUUCGAUCAGUUAAUAGCGGUUUGGUGGAAGUGACUCGAAUACAGAAAGAGACGAUAUCUCUGAUGUCGGAAUUGAUCGUUGUACAGUCGGAGAUGAUGGGCAGAAAGAUAUCGGAGCCCGAGUACCGAGCUAAGUCACGGGGAAUAACCUCCAGACUGAGAACAUUGGUCGGUCGGGGUACCGUCGAGUCCGAGUGA